CUACCAGAAUCCUUCUUAUGUUUGAUCGAGUAAUCUAUUUGACCUUGCUCACCGAUUGACAGAUUGAUUGAUUCCUUCCUAUCGAUUGAAAUACCCGAUGUACCAUCAGCAUCACGAACACCAACAAAUCCAGCGCCAUCCGCAGCAGCAGCAACCCCAGCAACCCCAGCAACCCCAGCAAUCGCAGCAACAGUGCCCGAACCGUCGAGGGAAUGGAUACGCACCUGGAAGUGACGGUAGCAAUGGUGGACCCACUGCUGCUGCGGAGGGCGCCUCCUCGGCUUCCCAUCUCGACCACGCCCUCCUCGAGAGUCUCUUUUACAACGAGAUGGUGAUGCUCGAGAACUCCACCGCGGGCCAGGAAGCCGCAUCGUCACUGGAUUCGCCCCCGUGCCUACCGACCGAACACGAUACGCCCCAUACAAUACUGGAAAAGGAGAUACUGAGAGAUUUCGGCGUGGGGGGUGGAAGAACGCUGUUUCCCCCUACCACUGCGUCCCCCGCUAUGGACGCUUCCGCUGCUCCUGGUGUUGUUGCUACCGCUGCCGCAUCUCCAACCCAAUAUGGCAGCCAUACCUCGCCGUCGUACACCACCAGCAAUCAUGCUGUUGCAUCCAGCUAUUCCGAUGCGAUGCUGCCGCCGACGGUGUCACAGGACCAGCCGCACCAGAAACCAACAACGAAUCCGAUUCAUCACCACCACCAUCCWCUCCUCGGCCAUCCGCAAGCACCGGACGUCUCGGCAGCCAUGCCACGAUACGAAAACACUCCCGUGAAUCAGGCGUACAAUGUCCAAUCGGGUGCAGUGGUGAACAACGGAUCUUCGACGGGAAACCUGGUCGUGGCGGGGCAGCAGCAGCAGCAGCAGCAAUCUCAGUUGGGUGGAAUAGUGUGUGCAGACCCACAGGCGACGGCAACCGCUGCGGCCGCGGCCGCCGCCAUGUUUUCACAGCCCGGUGGUAAAAACAACAGGAACAACAAUAGCAACGGUGGCAAUCGAACCAGCGGGAUCAAACGACAAUCUAGUGCCAUUCCCAUGAUGUCUGCCCCGAACAAUGGGGUUACGGCAGCUGCCCCACACCCGUCCUCUGCGCCCGCGAUUGUGUCGUCGUCGAAUGCACCGAUCGCAAAUGGGGCUGGUGGUCAGCAAUCACUUCAAGCCACCCACGCCGACAGUCCCUCAUCGGGCAGCUCCCCGCUGCAGGUUCCACAGGAUCGAGCCCGGCAACUAGUCGAUCAAUUCGCCACGCUUGCAUCACGGCUGGGGAUCGACCUGCCCGAUUCGGUUCUGCAAUCCCUAACCUCGGCGGCGGCCAAGAACGACCCAACCCUAUUACUCAAUACACAGCAACAGCAGCAGCAAAAACGACAGCAAGAUCAUCAACAACAAUAUCAGCAGCAACAAACAAAAGGAACCAAGUUCGCGACACCGGCGAGAUCCACCGCAGCACUAGUAGGAAAAGGGACGACCGCGGCGACUUCGAAUUCUGGUAAGUGUCAUGGCAUUCGUUGUACAUAGUAUUGUGCAAGUGCUAGAUAAUAACAMUGCGGGAAUUUUGGWAACAUUCUGUUUCGUCCAUUGAAACGAAAGAAAUACUAACCAUUCUAUAAAUCGGCUGCGACGUACUAUGCCGAAAUACCUUCAAAACAUGAUUUCUUUCAGUCAUAAAUUCUUUCAAAACAAAACAAAAACCAGCAGUAUCAACAGGAGACACAAUAAGAGACGAAACCUCCUGCGUUUCGACGGAAUUGACGGCAAUGGCGCCGACCGUGAUCGAAUUACGGAAGACUGCCGAAGAAGCCAUAGCAGCGGUCACCCAAUCCAACAAAGAUCCAGCGUCGGCGACAGAGAAUCAGUCCAGAGCGGGCAGCAAUUCCUUAAAUAGUAGCAGCAACACGGGAACCGAACACAAACCCACAUAUAGCAAGCGGCGCAAAAAGCCGCGGCUGUCGGAUUGCGAGGCAAAACUCGCUCAACUGAAGGCGGAAAACGAACAACUGAAGCGCCACCUGCAAAACGUUUCCAACAAGGCUCAUAAGUUCGACAUGGAGAAAGAAAUGGCGUCGAAGCAGAUCGCACAACUCAUGUACGAUCCAAAUGCGAGUCCCCGAGAUAUGGGGGUCGCGGUUCGGAAGUUCAGCGACAUGUACUCCGACUACGGUGUCAAUCGGCAGCAGGAACUGAGUUUUCAUCUAGAACAAUUGCAAAGGUGAGUGACUGUGGACUUGAUUGUCUAGUUCGAGUUUUGGUUUUGAGUUAGUACCUAUAUCAAACCAUGUGAAUCAUUUUGCUCGAAUUGCGAAUCCCCAAGAUUUACAAACACGGGCGAUCAAAAAAUCUCAGCCAAUUUUCUCGUUUCGUCUUGUCCCGAUUGAUGCCAUUCGCCCCCUUCCAUUUCAGACUCGUGAAUCCUACGAAUUUCACCAAAAUGGGUUUAUGGACACUGGGCCACACCAACCAGGGUACUAAAAAGAAUCCCAUCGCGGGCAUCCUGGUAAAGGAACUCGAUAUAACCCCCCAGCAGGGGCGGAAGAUCCUCGACCAGAGCGAAAAAAUCCGGCAGCUAUGCGAAAACCUGAAGGAGGCUCAUUCCCUCCUUGUGAAGCUGAAGCAUCUCUGCGAGAAGAAGACGCGGACGUUCCAGGACCACAUGAACAAGUGCACGGAGAUUUUGACCUCGAAGCAGGUCGUGAAACUAAUUAUUUGGAUCAACGGGCACACGCAGCUUCUCGACAGCGUGUGCCCCGGAUGGGGCACAGAACACAUUCAUUCAAAGUAAUGUUGAUUAUUUAGAACUACCGAAAGAACGCUUAGAAAGACUAUGACUAAAAAUUAGGAGCCGUU